AUGCCACCCCGUCGCCCCAAUAUCGCCGGGGACUUUGAUAAAUAUUUCGGAAACGUAAGCGAUCUACGAAAUUGGCAGCAAUUGUGCGCGGAUGUGAGAAUUCCUAGAGCGUGGAAUUUGGGGAGUAUUAAUGCUUGUAGAAAGGUGGGUCUGAGGAGUGUUGAUCUCGUGGUUUGGGAAGAGGAGAGAUGGGUUGGGAUUGGGAUGUUGCGGUCUGGAGACUGGAGAUUGGAGACUCGUGGCGCUCUCCAAAGUCCACGUCAAUAUCUGUCAACUGUUGGACUCCUAUCAGACUGGUGUUCCCGUGCGCCUUUCUCAACUAGGGAUGAGCUUCUUGCGUAUACGAUCAAGAAACAUAAGUUUUAUCCAUUGAGUGAGGCGAAGAAAGGGGGGCCGGUUAGGGGAUUGCUUUUCAAGAGGGGAUAG